CCCUCUCAACGUCCUGACCUCGGCUUCUCCACUGGAGACGUCUCGUUCCAUCAUGGACAGGAUCUGGACUGCCUGAGCUGGAGGCAGGUCAGAUACAUACUAUUAGGGACAGAUUCUCCAUUAAGCAGCGCCGCCAUAUUUUUCCAAUUUGGUGGAAGCCGAGCCGAGCAUGCGCAGUUGUUUACGGUCUGGGAACGCCCACAUCCUGGUACUGCUUGUCUCACGUGUUCAAACAAGCGGAACAGAGACAGUCUCUUCAUAUCAAAUGAACCGAGUGAUCCUCCAACUGUAGCUUUGGAUUUGAGUCAAGUCCAAUGGCAGGCUGUCUGACAGAGUUGAUCACAGCAUGUUCCAACGUCACACUGUCCGUCUCUGCCCUGUACACAGCAUAUCAGCUCUUCAAGGACCACAGAGCUCCAGCAGUGGGUUUCUUUCUGCUCGGUCUCUCCUCAGGCCUCUGCACCCUGCCUCUCUCCUUCAGCCCAUACCUGACCUCUGUACAGGGGGACCUGGAGUGGGCCGGCGAGGUCCUGGCUCCACCGCUGCUCUCCUUCGGCUUCCUGUGGCUCAGCGAAGACCGCACCACAGCCAACAUCCUCCUUAUUGGCUCAGCUCUCCUCCCGGUGCUCUGCGAUUGGCUGUCAGCGGACGAGUUGAUGCUGAUGUCACGCUGUCUGGCGCUGUCUGCCGUCUCCUGCUCGCUCACUGUGUGUCUGUUUGCGGGAAACGCUGUCGGGGCCCUGGGCAGUGUGGCCCUCAGCCUGCCCCAAAUGGUGGCCCCCAUGGUGGGGGUCAAGACUCUGGCUCCCCUUGUCUCUCCAGGGGCCACUGUGGGACUGCUUAAGUGGCUCCUGAAGGGCUCCAUGGCUGUAGGGUGCUGGGCCUCUGAGAAGGCACUUAGCAAGUACCUGUUGGAACUGAAGGACCUGGACUCCCCAUUUUAACUUGUUACCACUGUAAGUCAGGGUUUCCCCAAACUCAGUCCUCAGGACCCGGGGUUUCCUUUCUUUCCUAAGCACUACACCGCUGAUUGAAAUAAUCAACUAAUCAUCAAGCUUUGUAGUGUUUGGGCGAAAAACCCAAAACGUGCACCCCUUGGAGUCCCGAGCAUGGAGUUUGGGAAACUGUAACAUCACUGUAACAGUUACUGACUGUCUGAACAGUUCAGUAGUCCCUCACACAUGAUAAUGACUGAUUGUUAAGUUGAUGUGGUCUCAUGAUGUGCACAUAGAGCUGCUGACAGAAGAGAACCAGAUGGAGGGUCUAUUUAUUUUGUCCUGCAGUGCCUUGCCUCAUAGAAGUAGAACGAAUAGAACGGUCUGGAACCUCUGACCAUGGUGAUUUGACUGGUAAAGUCAUGGGUGCAAUCAAAAUGAGCAAGCUUGUUCUACUUAUUCUAGCACUGUGGCUUGCCUUUGAUCUGUAGCCAAUAACCUUUCCAAUUCCUACUGGCCAAUGACCUUUCCAAUUCCUACUGGCCAAUAACCUUUCCAAUUCCUACUGGCCAAUGACCUUUCCAAUUCCUACUGGCCAAUGACCUUUCCAAUUCCUACUGGCCAAUAACCUUUCCAAUUCCUACUGGCCAAUGACCUUUCCAAUUCCUACUGGCCAAUGACCUUUCCAAUUCCUACUGGCCAACGACCUUUCCAAUUCCUACUGGCCAAUGACCUUUCCAAGAGAUGAUCCAUAUAAUGAUGCCAUUCUGCCAAUUUGGAGGUGACAUGAUCCACCAUUGGGACAGGUGACUGUUGCCAGUGUGUGUGCACUGUCAAGGGCGUUGUUCUACUUGUUCAGCUUAUUGUCAUGGCCAGGGAGCUCUGCUCUGUUAUCCUAGUACUUUCGUCUAUGCAAGUCGAAGAAGCACUGGUGUCUAAUUCUAAAACUGUAAACAUUAUUGAUGAUUUUAGUAACAGCGGUUAAUAAUAUUUUAUGUGCUAAAAUAUUGAUUUGUAUCAUCAAAAGGAGCAGUGCUUGGAUCUAACGCUUGUAUGUACUGAUUGUCAUGGGUCACUAAUACUCCCAACCUCUUCCACUCCGCAUGUUAGAAAGUCUAAUUCAUCUCUGGAUGUUGAUUUACAGGACAGUGUCAUUACCAAUUGGCUAUAAAAGAUUCUAUCUGCUUACCCUGUGAAAAUAUCCUCCCAACGGUGGCUCUAUGAGGAGGAUGGAAGUGCAUUCCAGAUAUUUACUACUGUCUAUGUCUAUGAGCGUGCCUCCCAAAUAUCACCCUACUCCCUAUGUAGUGCACUACUUUUAAUCAGAGCCCAUUUUGGGAAUAGGGUGGCAUUUUGGGGCACACUCUGGUUGAACCUGGGCUGGCUUGACUUCAGUGUCUUGUCCUACGAUGAGCACCAAACAGCUUGUACUAGACUAUGCUCACUGUGAAGACAAUGUCAUUGACAGGAAGGACACGUCUGAGAGCCGAUAGCUUUAGUUGGCCAGGGUACAUGGCCGGGGUACCAAAACAGUCGGGCCGCGUCCCAAACGGCACCCUAUCCCCGAUAUAGCCACAUUUCUUUUGACCAGAGCUCUAUAUGGGCCCUGGUCAAAAGUAGUGCACUAUAAAGGGAAUAGGGUGCCAUUUGGGACGCGACCCUAAGUCCCCUCAUAUUCAGGAUCCUGUUCAUUCUGAAGCCUCAGCAGAUAGCUACUGUGUACAGUGCAUCUGCAGUGUUCACACCACUAACACUAUGGAUCUAUAUUCAUUGAUUUUUCAGAUAUACUACAUAUUAUAUCCACAUACUGUCCAUAAUGUCUAUACAAGAAGGGUUCUUCUUUAUUUGUACUAUUUUAUACAUUGUAGAAUAAUAGCGAUGACAUCAAAACUCUGAA